AUGCCAAAUCACUUAUUCAGAACACACCCAAGAACUUAUGGAAAAGAUUCCAGAGAAUGCAGAGUAUGUGCAGCUAGAUAAGGUUUGAUCAGAAAAUAUGGUAUGAAUGUUUGCAGAAGAUGCUUUAGAGAAAAUUAUGAAUUGAUUGGCUUUCAUAAGUACAAUUGA